AUGGCUAGGAAGCGCAAGACCGCAGCUGACGCUGCGACCGAUGUCCCGCGGGACGUGAAUGAAAUCCCGUACAUAGCAUGGAUCAACAAGCAGAUAGCGGCUGGACGCAAGCCUGCCGGCCCGCUGCCUGAUGGCGUACCGUCUCCAGGAGCCACCUCGUACGAAGCGCCUCGUGACGUCCCCACGCGCGGGCGUCGGGACGCUGACAGGGUUGCGUCCUCGCGCGUCGUCAGCAACGACGUCCACGACAAGGACGACUAUGAGGAUAGCGACGACAACGAGUACGCCGUCGGCACCGACGACGAGGCGGACUCGGGGGAGGAGCCGGACAAGGGAAUGUCCGACUCCGAGGACGACGGCGAGGGCGACGACUCCGAGGAUGAGGCCGACGCACCUGAAGAAACUCAGCCCGCGGCGCCGACCACGCGUGCCGGCCGUGGAACGCCCGCCGCAUCGGCCAAGGCAGCCUCCAAGGGUGGCGAACCUCCCCGCCGCGCGCCGACGACCCGCAACCAGAUGCCUGUGAAGCGCAGCGUGUGGUCCCCGCUGGAGAACACCAUAUUCGUCGCUGCCCGCUGGUUCAUGAAGGACGAACUAGAGCCCCUGCUUGGGAAGCAGGGGUCCCAGUACUGGGCGCGCCUUGUGAAUCAUCUGGAGAAGGAGAACCCGGGGUGGGUCCGUGGCGUCAACGCCGUCCAGAAACAGUGGCGCAACCUCGUGCAGUUUUACAAGCAGCUCAAGAAGGCAGAGAAGGCGUCGGGCAAGGGUACCGUGUGCAAGCCCCCGUGGUUCCCGUACAUGGAGCUGUUUCUGAACAACAGGGCCGUCGCCAACCCGCAUGCCGUGGCAGCAGGCGGCGCGACGAACGUUAACGCGCCGUGUGGCUUCACGGUGCCUUCCACCUCGGCGCCUGCAACGUCUACGCCGACAUUCACGGCCCCCCCCCCGCAGUGCACACCGCCCUCCAAGCGCCCGCGCGUGGCGGAGACGGCCACCAUGGCGGCCGCGAAGCUCGUCUGUGAGACGAUCAAGGGCUGCCACGAUGACGCGAUGUGCAAGCUCGAAGGGCUUGUCCGCGCAUGGAUGCAGCAGGACGAACGUCUUGCUCGCGAGCGCCUCCAGCAGACUGCUCCCGCGCCGACCGCCCGCAACGGCGCGAAUGCGGGCGCUCCCCCCCCGACGGCCCCGAACGCAUUCGACGGCGGCGAGGACGGCUGGUUCCGUCGCGGGCAGACCGGCGAGGAUGCAGCUAACCCGGACGAGGCUGAGGAAGUGUGGGUUCGCGGCGACGCCGAGUAA